AUGAUCCUGGACAAAACCAUUUCGGUCCGCAUCAUCUUCCUCCUUGGGGUCAUCCAGUGCCUGAGAGGGUAUAGCUGGGAGCAGACGACAGCCAGCUCUGUUUUCCAGCAGGAGCCAUUUGUGGUGGUGUGGAACUUGCCCACAGCUAAGUGUCGAGAGCAUUUUGGGAUCACCCUACCUCUGGAAGCCUAUGGCAUUGUGGAGAACAAGGACAAUGCUUUUCGUGGCCAGAACAUAACCAUUUUUUACAAGAACAAGUUUGGGCUCUAUCCCUACAUCUCCCCAGAUGGCAAAUGGCACAAUGGAGGGAUACCUCAGAACGUCGAUCUGAAGAAGCACCUGGAGACGGUCUCAAGAGAUGUUUUGGAAAGCCUGAAGCCUGAUUUCCAGGGACUGGCCGUGGUGGACUGGGAGGAGUGGCGGCCUCUCUGGAGGCAGAACUGGGGCCCCAAGAACGUGUAUAGGGCGGCCUCUGAAAAAUGGGCAAGGAACAGAAGGCCUGAUGAACCCCUCACGGAGCAAUCUUAUCUUGCGGAGAUAGAGUUUGAACAGGCAGCUCGGGCCUUCAUGGAGAGAACUCUAGAAAUGGGGAAGUCUCUGAGGCCACAGGGAUUCUGGGGCUUCUAUGGGUUCCCUGACUGUUUCAAUUACAACUGGGAGAGCGAAGAGAACUACACCGGUCAUUGCAACCCCACAGAGGUCCAGUGGAAUGAUCAUCUCAUGUGGCUCUGGAAGGUUUCAUCUGCCCUCUAUCCCAGUAUCUACCUCUCACCAAAACUCCCAACAUCUUACCACCAGAGUUAUGUUCACCACCGCCUCAAAGAAGCAUUUCGCGUGGCACAGUUUGGCGUGAAGCAGCCUCUCCCUGUGAUCGCAUAUUCCAGAGUCUCCUACAGACAUUCUCCACGGUACCUGACUGAGGUAAGAAGUGAGAGGUGCCAACUGCGUACAAUAGGCCCAGGCACUUUUCAUCAAUGGUAGCAAUUGAAUAAAGGUUAAGGCUGCAAUCCUAAACCCACUUAACCUGGGAGUAAGCCCCAUUGAAUUCAGUAGGACUUACCUCUGAGUAAACACAGCUAGGACUGCGGUGCAGAUCUCUUAUCUAGCUGGAAACUUCCUUCUGUGGGGAAUAUUAGCUGCCACCAUACAGUGAGGGGGGAAAGUAUUUGAUCCCCUGUUGUUAUUUUGUCUCUCACAGCUGCAAUAAACCUACCAUUAAAAUUAUGGACUGGUCAUUUCUUCGUCAGAGGGCAAACGGCCAAAUUUAGCAGGGGAUCAAAUACUUUCCCUCCUCACUGUACAUUAUUCAUUUAUUAUAUUUUUAUCCUGUCCUUCCAAGGAGCCUGGAGUGUCACAGAGGGGGUAUUUCAUUACACUGUUCUCAUAACAACCCUGUGAGGUAGGUUGGUUAGCCAGAGAGAAAAUUAUUGGCCCAAGGCCAUUCAGUCAAUUUAAUGCUUCAGAUGGAAUGUUGCACCACUAUAUAUAUAUAUAUAUGCAGUCACAGUAGUUAAUUAAUUGAGGCACUUCAUUAAUGCUGCAGCCAGCUAUGAGUGAACAGGAAGCAACUAAUUAACUGCUUUAAUAGAAAGGUGUUGUCAGGGAUGGGGAAUCCUUUUGGCCCAGCUAGCCACACUCUCAUCUUUCCCCAAUUCUGUGCGCCAACUUUGAUAGGUGGGUGGAGCAACCCGUUUUUCAUUCAUCUCAUAACUAUGUUCCUCAUGGGGAACUUGGUACCAGACAGUCUGGUAGGCCUGAGCUCACUGCCCAUCACUGAUGGCUAAUGACUUCAACCUUGCUUUCCGCAGGAAUUGGCUGUAUGAUCACAAACCCUGUAAGGCACUCAGUCACACAGGUGAUCCAGCCCCAUGUCAGGUGUGGGGGAAUUAGCCUUGUGGGCCAAAUGGGGGUCCAUCUAUCCUGAACCAAAUUUGGCCAAUGGGCUAGAAGCUGCUGAUUACUGGAUUUUCUGGAUUUAGGGAGGAGAAAGUGGGGGUGAGCAAUAGCUUGAGGAAAAUGCUGCAUAAACAUAGAAUAAAAUGAUGCACAAAAAAGGGUUCACAGUCCACAUUCCUGUGGUGUCUUGUUAAACAAAUUGGUCAGACUUUUGAAGCAUUACAGAAACUACAACUCAUGUUUGACCAGAGAACUUAAUUGGGCCAGAAAAAUUCAGUGAAAAUCUAUCCAUUGUAACUAGCCAGGAAACCUGCCUAAUGCAAUGUGUUAAUAUCACCAAAGUGAUACGUUGCAUUUCUCAUGCAGAAAGCUGCCCAGUGCUAACAAUUCCCUCCUUUUCUCCAUUCAGGCUGACCUGGUGUAUACAAUUGGGGAGAGUGCAGCACUUGGGGCCGCUGGGGUUGUGCUCUGGGGUGACCUCUCCUAUUCCCAGUCACCGGUGAGUAUCUCUGCAACAAUGUCCCAUCCAUCUAUUAAUUCAUGAACCGCCUUUAUAUGCUUCCCAAUUACAACAUUUCCUGAGAAUACCUAUAAUGUAUUCAAAUACAACCAUCAACCGUGAAACAAUCAUGCAGCAGAUUUAAACAAUUAUAUUAAAACUUUUAUUAUUUAAAGGAAAUAAAAAGCUAUUUACCAGGCACCAAAACAGGUGCCAGCCUCCAUGGGGAAAGCAUUCAAUCGGUGGGAUGCCAUGGCCAAGAAGGCCCUCUUCCUAGGAUAUACAGUGGUACCUCAGGUUACAUACACUUCAGGUUACAUACGCUUCAGGUUACAGACUCCGCUAACCCAGAAAUAGUACCUUGGGUUAAGAACUUUGCUUCAGGAUGAGAACAGAAAUCGUGCUGCGGCGGCGCAGUGGCAGCAGGAGGCCCCAUAGGCUAAAGUGGUGCUUCAGGUUAAGAACAGUUUCAGGCUAAGAACGGACCUCCGGAACAAAUUAAGUACGGUACUUAACCCGAGGUGCCACUGUACUACCUAAGUUGAGAAUCAGCCUGAGAGAGAAAACAGAUACUCUCUUUGCCCACCUCAUUGGUAGCCCAGCAGCUAUUCCCCUACUUUCCAGCUUUGGUGGGGAUAGGAUAACUUGUUUCUCCCAGUUUUAUUGAUACCUUGACUAAUGACCAUGCUCACCUGCCCGUGUGGUUGGUUCUGCCUAAACAGAAAUGGCUGGAAGCUCCCAUCCCCAGUGCCGAUGGGUCCAGUCCCUAGAAUGUUCUGAGCUGUAAUCCUAGCUUUCCAUCUUCUAGGAGAGCUGCAGGAGCCUCAAGCAUUACAUCACCACAACACUGGGCCCAUACAUCGUCAACGUAACCACGGCAGCGCGCAUGUGCAGCCGCAAGCUGUGCCAUGGGCAUGGACGUUGCGUGAGACAGGACCCCAGUGAACUGGAAGCCUUCCUCCACCUGGACCCGCAGCAGUGGGAAGAGGAGUCCUCAAUGACAGAUUUUCCAGAUCAAGACAUGUUCGCUUGGGAACAAUUUCAGUGUCACUGCUAUCCUCAGUGGACUGGAGCCUCGUGUGAGACACCGCUGUGGCUGGAGCCUGUCCUAGGACCGGAGUGUAGUCGAGCUCAACAGUAUUACAAUAUAUUUCAUGCAGGGUAUGUCAGCAAUGUUGUUGUGAAGUCAAACAUCUGUCCUCCUUCCAUUUACAAUGAAAAGACAGAAUUCCAAUAA